UGAUGCGUUUCAUUCCUACAUCGCUGCUCUUCGGAGCGGCACACGCUGCACGCUCAUUUCUCGAUUUUCCUGACACCGGAGCUCGUGAGCAGUACGGCACGAUCGAGGUGGCGGGUACACUACCCAAUGUCAGCACAAUCGUUGGACUGCCAGACUUCCAAUAUGUGGCGGAAGGAUAUAUGAAUUUGACGGCCUACUCAUACUAUCGGAAUGGCGCAGCGGGCGAGUGGUCAUAUCGAAACAACCUCGAGGCGUUCCAGCGGAUAAGUUUACGGCCGAGAGUGAUGGUGCAGGUGGACAACAUCGAAGACAGCCUUCCGACCACCAUCCUGGGACACAACUUCUCCGCGCCAUUCUUCAUCUCACCGUGCGCACGAGCGUGCUAUGCGAACGACAUCGCCGAGCUUGGUCUUACACGUGGCGCCGGCGCCGGCAACAUCCUUUACAUCGCUUCCGACUACAGUUGCGCAACCAAGCAGGAGAUCAAAGAUGCGCGGAAGGAAGGCCAAAUCGUCUUCCAGCAGCUCUACAUCACCCCACAAAACGACACCAGAACACUCGAGCAGAUUCGAGAGGUCGAAGAGCUAGGGUUUGAGGCUAUCGUGCUCACUGUCGAUUCAGCCGCAGACGGAAACAGACAUCGAGCCGCGCGCUUCGGCGUUGGCAGCGCGGACUCGGAUUACACAAGCAUCACCUGGGAAAAAUACAACUGGAUGCGCAACCAGACCAAACUUCCCAUCGUGCCCAAAGGCAUUCAGACUGUCGAAGAUGCCAUCAUCGCAGCGGAGCAGGGCGUGCCAGCUCUCUUCCUCUCCAAUCACGGUGGUCGGCAGAUCGAUGGCGCUCCAUCCCCCCUGGAGGUGGCGCUAGAGAUCCACGAACAAGCUCCAUGGGUGUUCGACGAGAUUGAGGUGUGGGCUGAUGGAGGUGUGAGAUAUGGUGCGGAUGUUGUCAAGCUCCUGGCGCUGGGCGUCAAGGCUGUCGGCAUUGGACGGCCUUUCAUGUUCUCCAACAUUUACGGCGAGGCUGGUGUCGAGCGCGCAAUCCAGAUUAUGAAGAGGGAAGUUGCGAUUGAUGCUGCCAAUGCUGGUAUUGGAGAUCUCAAGAAUGUCAGUGCUCGCUCGAUUGCCCCGUCUGCGAAGCAGCUGCCUUGGGCACUGGGUUCUUGAGGAGGGAUGAUUCGAGAAGACUUUUGUUUUUGUAAAUACUUGAUUUUGGCUUCUCCUCGCCACCUUUUGUGAUACCGCUUGAAACAUGCCCAUGGCCGGCUGAAAGGCGCUCGGCCUGAUUGCGCAUGUUGCUACGGAAUCCGAAGCCCAUCGUACUGCCGUGCUCUCGGUAAUUGUCUUUCC